AUGGCGGCAACAGAACUACCAAAGCUCCCGGUUCCUCACAAUGAGCUUGCGAGCUUCAUUGCAAAGAAUCCUCAAACGCCUGUGGAGGAGUUGAUAGGUCCGUACCGCAAGUAUGAGGCUAAGCUCCGUCAUCUGUACGCCCAGGACCGGAACAAUGCCAUUCUUGACGAUCCUCACCUCAAUGUCUUGCCACUCUUCACCAAGGAUACCCCGGAUAUCAAGACUCGUGCCCGAGAUCUUGAUUCAGAAUCUGCAGAGGAGAAGGAAAAGUAUAUCAUGUCUCUCCCGGAGGAUAAGCGUCGAGCAAAUGGGUCGCCUGCUGUCGUGGAGUCUCUGAAGGAAUUCCGACACAACUUUAGCGUCUUCUCAGAGUCUUCGCUGGUAGACAUGGAUUGGAGCAAUGUCGUGGCUGCUGGUUCAUCCGCGGUUAACUGUCUCUUACCCGUGCCUGCGGAAUACAAGAAGUCCAAGAGAGCUCUGCGCUCAUACUAUCAUGAGAUAUUUGCUCCGGCUUCUGACAUUGACCUCUUUCUGUACGGGCUUGACGAGCAACAGGCAAUCGAGAAGAUCAAGCAGAUCGAGGCCAACGUGCGGGAUGCAAUUCUAUCCGAGACCACGGUCGUUCGCACCAAAAAUGCAAUCACCAUCUGCAGCCAAUAUCCAACGCGGCACAUCCAGAUUGUGUUGCGAGUCUACAAGAACGUGUCCGAAAUCCUGACUGGAUUCGACAUUGACUGUUCCGGUGCUGCUUACGAUGGGACCCAGGUCUACUGUACGCCAAGGGCACUGGCGGCCUAUAUCACUCAAGUCAACCCCAUCGACCUGAGCCGCAGAAGUCCUUCAUAUGAAAACCGCCUGUCAAAGUACAGCCAUCGCAAUUUUGAAGUCUAUUGGUCUGAGCUCGAUCGCUCAAGAGUUGAUCCCACCAUCUUUGAGCGCAGUUUUGGAAGAACUCUGGGCCUUGCGCGUCUACUUGUCUUGGAGCGGUUGCCGACCACCAAUGCUCGAGAAGAGUACCUCAAAAAGCGCAGGGAAGAGCGUGGCCGCCCGGAGCUUAGCUUCACGUAUCAUUACAAGCUUCACGGGAAUAUCAAGGAUGACCACGAAGAUGAAGUUGCUGACUGGGUCAACGAAGACGAAGUCUCAAACUACCACACUUUCUCUGUUCCAUACGGCGAGAGGUUCAACGCCAAGAAAAUCGAGAAGCUGUGUUAUACCAAGGAUCUGUUGCUCAACGCCGAAUGGAACCAGAACGAUGAUCGCGAGGUUUACCUUCACAGGCAUCCAGCGUUCUUCGGUCGUGUGGAGGACAUCAUCACAGACUGUUGUGGCUUUUGUCCCAAGCCGGUGACCGAUGAAGAAAUUGAGAUUGCCGAGAAAGAGAGUGAGAUAUACGUAUCCGGCAAUGUUUCCUUCCGGAUUGACGACCCCGGACGCCAGCAAAUUGGCUCCUUCAACCCUCUCACUGAUGACGAUUGGACUGAAAUGGCGUACGUCGGCAAUACAGCACGGCUGUGCCAAGCGAUCGUUGACAAAGAUCUGGAACAUGUUCAGGACUGGCUGUCACAAGAGGGCGCAGACCCUAAUCAGAGGGAUUAUACGGGCAGAACGCCUUUACAUCUUGCUGUCAUCAGUUCUACACCAGAGAUUGUGCAGUGUUUGGUGGACCAUGGAGCAAGACUCGUUGCCCGUUUGGCUGAUGGUAGAACUGCACUUCAUCUUGCAGCUGCCAGAGGCAGCGUAGAAAUGGUGAAGAUUCUUCUUGAAAAGAGUUCCGCCAACGAGGAGGAGGAAGAAGACAAGCAAGACAAGCGCCGAAAAGCUCGUGCUGCUGAGAAGGCCGCAUUGAAGAAAGCCGGUGGCGACGCGGAAACAGAUGAAGACUCAGAAGAUUCGGACGGCGAAUGGAUUGCUGAUGAUGAAUCUGAGGAUGGAGUCCAGUCUGUUGUAACGGGCUCAUUCGUCAAAGUCCCUGAGAACGACGGAAAGAACACUUCAGAGGACGUGGUGCUUGAUGACAACGAAUCAGAUCCAGACUUCUACAAUGUGGAUGUUGUCGCUUGGGAUUCACACUGCAGUGCUCUGCAUCUUGCAAUCCUCGGUGGCCAUACAGAGGUUGUCGAACUCCUGUCGCAAGAGUUCGCCGCGGAUAUUUUGAUGCCGGUCAAGUCGGAACCCCAGAAAGCCAUCUUGACCUUGGUGCUUGCUUUGGCACUGCCAAUGGACAAAGCUGUCAGUAUGGCCGAGUUGCUGCUGGCUCUCGGUGCGACCUCUUCUCAAGCAGAUGCCGACAGUAUUACCGCUUUCCAUCGCUAUGUUCAGAAUGGAAACCACAAACUUGUCGAGACCUUGUGGGAAAAUGAUAAGAUGGGGCUCAAGACAGCGAUCAAUCAUGUCGCUGUGAACGGUAGCACUUGGAACCCCUGUGCAACAACGCCUCUUAUGACGGCAAUCGACAAAGCGGACCCGAUCUUGGUACUUCGACUACUUGAGGCAGGUGCCAAUCCCCAGAUCGACUUCGAGUCGUGGCUGAAAGGCGCCAAGAUCUCCUUCGAGAGUAGCUUGAGUGAUUACGAGAGCAAUCAGAAGAAGUUCAGGUCAUCGACUGAGCAGCCUCUCAUCAUCGCAAUCCAAUCUACCCAUCCUGCUAGCGCCUUGAAGCUUCUGGAGAAGGGUGCCGAUCCUAACGUUAUUACCAAGGGGAGCCAUGACUUGAUCCAUAACGAGUGGUCACGACGAUAUAACAAAGGACAUGCUGCGAUUGAUGUAGUUCGAAACUGUAUCAAAGCAUUGAAAAAAUACAAGGGUGAGAAGACGAGGUUCAGCAAUCCACUGAGCGCCCAAUCCUGGCGCUCAGAGCAACUCUAUGAGGCGCCAAAGCUGCCAGAGACUUUAACCUCUUUCGCGCAGAAGUUCCAAGAGGGUACCUACCAGCAGUGGGUAGUUUCAGCCGACGUGAAUUCCAAAGUCAAGUCCUUCAAUCGGGAGGUGGAAGUGUUCAACAAGGAACGUGAGGAGCUUACCAGUGCCAAGGGUCUCAAUGAGAAGAAGGAAGCUAUCGCCGACUUGAUAGUACAGCUUGAGGAGGUUGAGAAGGCUCUGAUAGAGAAAGGUGCUCUGACUUUCGCCCAACAGUAUCCUGAGAUACAGGCUCCUCCAGAAUCGAACAGCUCAUCAAACGGCGAUGCAGCGUCUCACGAGUACCAAUAUGAUUUUAACUUCAGGGGUACCACAGACGUCACCGAGACCCGGAAAGCCGCAUACAUUGAGCUAUUCGAGGCAGCAUGGAACGGUGACCUCGAGAAAAUAAAAUCACUCACGUUGUCAUCUUGGGGCACAGAUGCCUCCGAAGCUCCAUUGAAGUUGGCAGUCAACGACCCAGCUGGCAACACUCCAUUCUCAUUGGCCUUCCUUAGAGGCCACCUUGACGUUGCGAAGGGUGUCCUUGAAAUUAUACAAGCCCAAUGGGCGCCUCCAGAAGAGAAGAAAGCACGCUACCGAAUGGCGGGCGAUGACAACGACAACGAUGAAGAUUCUUGUGAGGAUUCGGAAGCUGAUAGUGACGACGAAACCCCUGGCAUCCAUAAGGAGAUCCUGGAUAACAAGGUCACCAUUGAUAACAUUGGGGAGGUAUCGAUGCAAGUCAAGAGCGAUGUAUUGGCAAAAAGCUUUUUGUACAGGCUCGUGCCGACUUUUGUCAUGGUCGAUGGUAAAGCCGAGGAACCAAGUGGUCACAGUAAUCUGCUUCAGUUUGCCAUCGACAAGAACGACAGAGACCGCUUCGACUUCAUCGUCAACACCGACAUCUACUUCACGAGCAACAAACCGGACUCCAUGGAAGAAGACGAGUCUGCCAAGUUUUAUGCCUUUCCAGAAAGCGAGUUCGAGCGCGCUGUCAAAGCUGGUCGCACAGAAAUGCUGUCAGAUAUCAUCAAACGGGCCGGUGCCGGAAUUCCCUUGGAGCACCUCGUCAAGAAGAGCGGCGUGGAGAUGAAAACCAAACCCCGUUACUAUCAAGGACUCACUGUCUACGGUAAGAAGCGAUCUGAUUGGGCCAACGCUGGUCGUAACCUGAUGGUAAAGGCCACCGGGACCCAUGUACCACCGCUGCUUACGGCUGCCAUCAAUGGAUCCCUCGCUUCUGUGGAAUGGUUCCUGAGUGACACUCCGACGAGGCAAUAUCUCGAGUUCGGAAAGUCCAAAGUGGCAAAGGAGGACCCACGUUUGAAGCAUCUGGUUCAGUCUCCUGGAGGAUUUGAUAGGGCCAUCAACAAAUGGCUGGGCCUCCAAAACGAUCUAGUCAUCCACUGCGCUGUGAUGGGCCCUCUCGGCGACGAGACGAAUCGUCUCCUUGCAUACCUAAUCAAGGUCUGCCCUUCUUCCCUCGAGACAAAGUCGGAGCAAGGCUUUACGCCAUUGUUCCUGGCAUGUUUGCUUGGGCGUGUUCAAUUUGCCAAGACGCUGAUUGACGCUGGCGCGAAUCAAUGUGUCAAGGAUACUGAUUACAAGAACAUAGUCCAUGCGGCUCUUACCAAUCUCGGCGCUCCGCUUGACAAGCUUCGGGAGCUCCUGAACCUUCUUGAUCCCGAACUCAGGUCGCAUCUCUUCGUUCAACGGAGCCACCUUGGAUCGGGCGGUGAAACGCCCUUACACAUGUGGCUCACCACGGCGAAUCCGUCGCCGAAUGAUCGUUACAACUAUAGCUGGCAGCGAGAUCAGCCUGAGAACGAAGACAACGUCAAGAUGCUUCAGUUGCUCCUCGAGUUCUCCAAGGGACAGGAGCUUGGCAUAAUGAACGGUGCGGGAGAUACCGUACUUCACAGCGCUGUGCUUCACCAGCUGCCAAAGCACAUGAAAGUUAUCCUGGAGCAGGACCCCAAGCUUCUGUAUCGCGAGAACUCUGUCGGCCGGACCCCCGUCGAGAUUGCUUACGACCGCUACCUCAGCCUCCAGGUGCGGUCACCCGAGGAUGUCGCGAUUAAUGCGAACACGGGUCGAAAUCACAUGUCCUGCGCAAGUUGGGAGCCUGAGCGAUUCCUCGACUUCAACAAGAAGGACGGCAGCAAGCCUACCACCAGAAAGGAGCUUGUAUGGCAGGCUGCGCAGGAGCACCUUGCCAAGUUCCCCGGCAAGCGCCGACUGGUGAGCCUCAAUGAGGCGAACGACGUCGCCAAACGCCUCGGCGAGAGCUACGCCUGGCAGAGAUACCGUACCAAGAAGAUAUCUACGGAUCAAAAUGAUGAUGAUGUGCAGGAGCAAGGCAAAGAGGAGAAGGAGACUGAUUUCGUGGCCAGUCAGUAUUCGUCGGCGAGGUACCAGGCCUGGAAGCAGGAGGAAUGA